UGUAACUGUAAAUUGCAUUCAAGGACAUCACAUUGCACAUUGCUGUUCAGUCAUGCACCUUGAGCUAAAAAAAAUGCAAAGAAUAACUUUUAAAUAUCUAGCGUUGGAAGUAAUUUUAAUUAUUUACCUGUGAUUUUGUGUUAUCAUUUAACAUGGACUUACUAACACUGUUAGGGUGUUUAGUGGUGUUAUUUUUUGUCUUAAAGUUGGUUGAGCUGUAUAUGCGUACACUUUACUUAGACACAAAGAAUAAGUGUGUUUUGGUAACAGGGUGUGAUACGGGAUUCGGACAUCUGCUGGCACAAGAGCUAGACAAAAGAGGAAUUCGAGUAUUCGCUUCCUGUUUGACUGAAGAAGGGGAGAAAAAGCUCCUGGAGAAGUGUUCCUCUAAAGCCGUCGUUUUCCGCCUCGAUGUGACAAAAGAGGAAUCCAUUCAAAAUGCAGUUAAACUGGUUAAGACUAAAAUCGCUGGAAAUGAACUGCUCUGGGGUUUGGUCAACAAUGCAGGUGUUUUUUUACUGGCAGCGCCAUUAGAAUGGCAAGCUAAAGAACAGUACGAGAAAACCCUGGCUGUCAAUCUGUAUGGUGUCAUCGAAAUGACAAGGGUCUUCCUCCCUCUACUUCGACAGUCUAGAGGGCGGGUUGUCAACAUGUCUUCCAUUGCUUCCAUGUUAGCCUUUCCAAAACUGGCGCCAUACAACAUCAGUAAAGCAGCCUUAGAAUCGUUCACAGAUACGUUAAGAAGAGAGAUGUAUAACAUCGGGGUGACGGCUCAUAUCAUACAGCCUAGUGGGUUCAAAACAAACAUCAUCCCGGCGGACGCCACUCACCGUCUACGUAAAGCGUUUGAUGACCUUCCACAGGAGGUCAAGGACUUCUAUGGCGAAAAGAGCGUGAAUAUGGGGCACACAGAAGUCGUGAAAAUUCAAUCUCUUGGCGAUCCUGACUUAACGAAGGUGACGAAAGUUAUACAGCAUGCACUGUUUGCGCGCUAUCCAAGGUAUAGAUAUCCUGUUGGAAAAGGGGCUGUUUCAAUAUUCUGGACAUUUUCUCAUUUUCCCGAAAUUAUUCCCGACAAACUCUAUGCAAUGUCAGCUCCAUGAGCACAGGGCUAUGGCACAUUAUUUGGCGCUGCUUAAUGUACCUUUUAUAUAACAUUUGAUAUUCUGGGGAUAUAGACAAAGCAUUCAUGACACGUUACUAUAGAAGAGAAACAUUAUCCAUUAGCCAAUGCAUAUAAAAAAUUGGGCUUGUUAAAAAAACUUAAAUUUGUUGUCAAACGAAAAACUCUUUCACUCAUGUACACAACCUUUAUUAGGCCACAGUUAGAAUAUGCUUCCUUGGUGUGGGGUGGAUGUAAUAUAGGUGACAGCGAAAAAUUAGAAAACUUACAAUUAUGUGCUGCUAGAAUUGUCACAGGAUUAACUCUGUUAGCUUCUAAAGAUGCACUUUAUAUUGAAACUGGAUGGGAACCAUUACAUGUAAGAAGGAAAAAGACCAGACUAACUACAAUGUAUAAAAUUGAUAAAAACCAAGUUCCUGAAUAUCUCACUGAUAUAAUCCCAAACUUACGAUGUAAUUCAUCAAGUUACAGUACGAGAAACUCGCAGAACUAUAACAUACCCAAAUGCAGAUUGCAAGCUUACAAAUCAACUUUCGUUCCCCUUGUUAUUGAAGAAUGGAACUCAUUACCCCUUAAUGUAAGAAAUUCUCCCUCGUUAUCUAUCUUUAAAAAGUCUAUUUCUAACAAUAAACAAAUGCCACCCUCUUACUUCAGUUAUGGAACUCGACGCUUAAAUAUAAUACACACGAGGCUUAGACAUAACUGUGUGCUUAAUAGCGAUCUUUUUCGAUGUAAUGUAAUCUUGAGUCCACUAUGUUCUUGUGGAAGAGUGGAGGACACUCAUCAUUAUUUCUUCUCAUGCAAAAAAUAUACAGAAGCCAGGAAAGAAUUUUUUGACAAAUUUUUGCGAAUGGGUAAAUUACACACUGUCGAUACUCACACUUUACUCUGGGGGAGACAAAUCGUUAAAUGAUUUUGAAAAUGAAUACCUAUUUUCUAUUGUACAAACUUUUAUUAAAAAGUCAGGACGAUUUGGUUGAUACAAUAGUUAUUUCUAAUUGUAAAUCUUAUACAGCAUGUCUAUUAUAUAUGAAAUGUAUUCUAUUGAAUGUGUUUUACUCUGAUUAUUAUAUAUUAUUAUUAUUAUUGUUAUUUCAUUUAAAGCAGAAACCCAUGUAUGUAAAUAUGUUUGGUAUAAUGUAUAUGUAGGGAGAGGGCGUAAUAAGUUUUUAGAACUUUUGCCCAAUCCCAAUUGUAA